CGAAGGCAAUCUUGGUCUCCCAAAGCCAAAAUUAAUAUACCUUCCUUCUUUCCAUCAAACCCAACUUAGUUUCUAGUUAUGUUUGAAAGUAUUAUUUUCCUCCUUCCUCGUCUUUGAAAAUUUUAAACAAAGUCCAUUUUCUUGAUCUAUUCAAACUACAACGGCGCCGUUCUCUUCUUAUAUUAAUUAAUUUCUACACACGAGAAAAAAAAUACCUUAAUCACAAAGCAAAACAGGAGCAUUACAACUGAGAAACUAAAGAAAAGCUCCGGACAACAUCCCGGUAAUACUCCGCCGCCGUGCAUCUCGUCCUUUAAUUCAAUAGGGUUGCUGAAUUGAACGAAAUGGGUCAAGAAUCUUUCAUAUACAGCUUUGUAGCUCGUGGUACUAUGGUACUAGCUGAGUACACAGAGUUCACCGGAAACUUCCCCGCGAUUGCAGCUCAGUGUUUGCAGAAAUUGCCCUCUUCAAACAAUAAGUUCACUUAUAAUUGCGAUCAUCAUACUUUUAACUUCCUUGUUCAAGAUGGUUAUGCUUAUUGUGUUGUUUCCAAAGAAUCUGUGGGGAAGCAAAUUUCUAUUGCAUUUUUGGAACGUGUGAGAGCUGAUUUUAAUAAAAGAUAUGGUGGUGGUAAAGCAGAUACCGCUGUGGCUAAAAGUCUUAAUAAAGAGUUCGGGCCUAUUAUGAAAGAACACAUGCAGUAUAUAAUUGACCACGCUGACGAGAUUGAGAAACUAUUAAAAGUUAAAGCCCAAGUGUCUGAAGUCAAAAGUAUUAUGUUGGAGAAUAUAGACAAGACCAUUGAAAGAGGGGAAAACUUGACUACACUAUCUGACAAGGCUGACAAUCUGCGUGAUUCGGCCCUAGAAUACAAGAUAAAGGGGACUCAAAUACGGCGGAAGAUGUGGUAUCAGAAUAUGAAAAUAAAGUUGGUUGUUCUUGUCAUCAUCCUGUUUUUGGUUCUUAUAAUCUGGCUUUCAAUUUGCCGUGGCUUCAAUUGCACGAACUAGCAUAUCAAUCAAAUUCAUACAAAUGCAGACCAAACAGGCAAAUCUGUCCAUGAAGAAAGUAAAGCAUCUAUAAGCCUUUGUUUCAGAUUGUUUCUGAAACCUUUUAGAAAAACAAAAAAAAAAACAUUUUUUCCUGUGUUAAUUUCUUAUAAUUUUUAGAGCAGUGUGAAUGAGUUUUUAUUCGCGUCUCUUCCCCCCCCCCCCCCCUGUUGAGGGGUUGGACGGGGAGGGGUGGGAGGAGGGCUGCAUGCAGUGGUUAUAAUCUUAAAAUUGUGUAUUCUGUGCUGUGUAAAUUGUAGACAUGCUAGAUAUCUAUAAAAGAAUGUUGAUUCAGUGAAAUUAUCUCUGUGAUUGAUAG